AUGUUCGAUUGGUUCAACCCAAAGCCAGCUCCCAAGCCUGAGCCAAAAGAAGAGAAAAAGGAAGAACCAGUAGUGGAGGAACCCAAGGCGGUGGAGGAGCCCAAGGCAGUUGAGGAACCCAAAAAAGUAGAGGAAGUAAAGAGUGAGCCAGCUGCAAAGGCUCCAGCAGCGUCGGGCUCGGAAAGGCUCAGCGGCACCGUCAACUGGUUCAAUCGUCAAUAUGGCUACGGUUUCAUCAAGGCGCCGGAUGCUGGUGACACGGAUGUAUUUGUGCAUCAAUCAGAAAUCCAAGUCGAAGGAUUCCGUUAUCUUAUGGAGGGAGAAUCAGUGGAGUUCAAAUUGGAAUAUGACGACAACAAGCGCGCCAAAGCCAUUCACGUAACGGGUCCAGAUGGAGGUGAUGUCCAAAUCGCUGUGCGUCGCAAGGAAAGAGCUGCAAAGGCCAAAGAGGAGGGUAAUUAG